ACAGCUCAGGUCUCAGGCCCACCACGACUAUUACCUCUGCCUGAGGCGGCGGCGGCGGCGGUGGAGUGGAUGUGGAGCACAUAAGUCAGCAGGCAGCGGCGUACAUACCCCAUUCAUGAUGGCAAUGGCACAGAGAGAGGCCGACGCGCCGAGCGAGGGCGCCGCCGCCGUCUCCGGCGUCAUGGCGGUGAAGCUCAAGGACCUGGUCCCGGCCGCGACCAACACGGUGAACACGACGUUCAUCGUGCUCGACAAGGCGGCGCCGUCGACCCGCCGACAGGGCGGCGCCAGGGAGGAGACGUGCCUGGCGCUUGUGGCGGACGAGACCGCGGCGGCGCACUUCCUGCUGUGGGGCGCCGAGUGCGGCGCGUUCGAGCCGGGCGACAUCGUGCGGCUCACGGACGGCAUCUUCUCGUACCACAGGGGGAACGCCCUGGUGCUGCGGGCGGGCCGCCGCGGGCGCGCCGAGAAGGUGGGCGAGUUCGCCAUGCUCUUCGUGGAGACCCCCAACAUGAGCGAGCUCCAGUGGGGGCCCGACCCCAGCGACGGCCGGAGGAUGGUGCAGGAGGCCGUCGUCUCGCCUUACUCCCAGAUCUUCAAGCCGCUGCGGUGAUCUUCUUACUACUGAGAAACAUGAUACUAGGGGUACGAACUUACGAUGAAGAAGAACGAAAAAGAAGGGCUUAAAGCUCUGUCUGUCUUCCAAAGUGACAAGGUUACAGCUUACAACAUGUUCAACCAUACAAUUAUAUCUUCCACUGUGCAAUUAUAUGUUUCAUUCACAGUUUGCUGCACA